AUGUUUAGGAAGGCUAGCCUUCUCUACUGCGGUGGCAUUCGGCUUCUGAGCUCGCCAUAUGCAGCCUUGCCACUUACUCGUCCCAGCUUCGGAGCUGCAGGCCAUAGUCUUGGGGCAAACCCCACCAACAGAACCUAUGCCACUGCGUCGGAUUCCCUAGAUCAUGCAUACUCGUGGCCUACAACGCCUACAUUCACACCGUACGAUGUUCUCAACCUAAGUGUCACCGCCCCAUAUUCGAAAGUUCGGUACUUCGAGCUUGUGAAGAUCUACCAUCCAGAUCGGCCCUGCAACGAGCAUCCUCUUUGUCGAAACAUUACCCCAGAAGUCCGUCUCCAGCGUUACCAUAUUGUGGUCAACGCACAUGAAAUCCUCUCUGACCCGAAUAGACGAGCCGCCUACGAUCAGUUCGGGACCGGAUGGAAACAUCAGGCCAAACGAUAUAACACCGUAGCGGACGCAACAGCAGAAUGGGGACCAUACGGCCCAACAAUCUAUGCUAAUGCCACCUGGGAAGACUGGGAGCGAUGGCAUAAUCGCCAUGGAGAGAAGCAACAGAACAUCGUCGAUCACCGCACUUUCAUCCGGCUCGUGAUCCUUCUUGUUUUUUUCGGAGGAGCAGUUCAAGCAUCCUGGAUUUCCCGCUUAAAUACCGGAUAUGAGCAGCGUCUGCGCGAGGUCAGCGAAGAUUCCAUGCGCUUCCUCAGCGGCCGUCGACAGCAUACUGUUCAACAGAUGCCCUCUAACGAUGCUCGUGUGCAAAGUUUCCUCAUUCGGAGGGACCCGACUGGCUCGGGUCUGAAGGAUGGCGAGCAUCGUGUUUACGAGCAGGAGCUCAGUCCCCGUACCGGCUUGCCUGGUGAAGACCUGGCGGGUGAUGGCCAAAAGGCGCUGGAGACAGUAGAGACUGCGCGAAUGGAUGGAACGCCCAAUGAGUCACCAAAACGAUCUGACUCGAUUUGA